AUGGAAGACUCCGAACAUAUUAGCGUACUUAUGGAAGGCAGUGAAAUACCACCGGCGGCGACCAUUGGUGAGGCUGACAAGCCUAGCAAUGACACAGCAACUGGAAUUGGAUCGACAUUCACAGCUGGUAGUGCACCGUAUUGUCACGCAUCAACGCCCACUACUCACCCUUCCACAUUUACAGUACCGAUAACAUCAGUUCAUGGAACUCAACCGCACUACAUGGUAUAUAGCACCAGUGCACCGCUGUUUCAAACCGCGGCAGUCAAUGCAUUUACAAGCACGUGUGGGCCCGGCAUUGCUAAUGGUGCCAUACCUAACCUCACUUCGGCUGUCAUGCCUUGUAGCGCGCUAACCUAUCCAACGUUCGGCAAUACAUUUCGGCCAUUUUGUUCACAUACGAAUAUGCAUAGCCACGUGGCACCACCACCGAAUACUUCUGUUUUCAUGCAGCCGAACAUUAUGCCAUCGUGUAACCAAACGCGCGACCCCUCUUAUAAUGUUUUCAGCCAAUAUAGCACAUCCGACGUCAAUUUAACACCAACGCAGAUUUCCAGCAGGCAAGUGAUAACCAAGGAUUUACCGACCUUUUCCGGCAGCCCUGAGGACUGGCCCCUAUUCAUCACGAAUUACGAGCAGUCUACUGAGCGAUGUGGCUUCACUGAUCAAGAAAAUCUGAUCAGACUACAAAAGUGUUUAAAGGGUCCAGCUCUCGAAGCGCUGCGUGGUAGGUUAAUGAUGCCAGCAACAGUAGGUCUGGCAAUCAACACAUUGAAAAUGCUUUAUGGCAGGCCUGACAUUAUUCAUCAAACAAUGCAGAUGAAAUUGAGACAAGAGCCAGCAGUUAGGGCCGAUAAAUUGGAAACGCUCAUAGCAUUUUCACUUGCAGUGCAAAACUAUCGCGCUACAAUCCAGGCGGUAGGCCUGGCCGAUUAUUUAAACGAUCCUGUGUUGCUUAAUGACUUGGUAGCCAAAUUGCCAAGCGAUCAAAGGCUCAAUUGGGGCGGCUAUCGUAUGUCGCUCAGUCGCGUCGACAUUGCUGUGUUUGACGAUUGGCUUUUUGGGCUUUCUACAUGCGCGAGUCAAGUAACAAGAUGUGAGCCACCCACAACCACAGCUGCCUUUGAAAAUAUUGAAGUAAAGAAAGGCCGCAAUUCCCACAAGGCAAGAAUUUUAGUUCAUGAAGUUAUGGCAAAAAAUGUAGAGGUAAACGCGAAGGUGACUAUGUGCCCAAAGUCUGGUGCCAAUCAUAAGCUGUCAGACUGUGGAGAAUUUACUGCGCUCUCGCGAAGUGAUCGAUGGCUGUUUGUACGAGAGAAAAAACUUUGCUUACGCUGUUUCAAUUCUCACUAUGUUCGCCGAUGCAAUCUGAAGAAUAGGUGUGGGGUUGACGGCUGCCAGAUGGCACACAACGCUCUUCUGCAUACACCUGUUCCCGUUAAGAGCAACGUCGGUCAUGAGCAAACAGCGCUAUACCACGAACGUCAUUCAGGCUCACCAAAGGAGAAGCAGAACUCGCUAUUCAGGUACGUCGCCGUUACUGUUCGUAACGCAUCCAAAACUGUUGACACAUAUGCACUCAUCGACGAAGGCGCGUCUUGUACUUUAAUUGAAAACGAGCUUGCAGAUUACCUUGAAUUGGACGGGCCGUCCGAGGCGUUGUGUCUGCGAUGGACUAACGAAAUUACUCAAAGCGAAAAUAACUCCAAGUUUGUAAGUUUUGAGAUCGCAUCGACACAGUUGGGCUCUCCAAACUACUUGUUAAGAGGCGUACGCACUAUUGCUCGUUUAGGCCUGCCUGUUCAAACAUUGGACCACGAUACCAUGGAGAAGCAUGCCCAUCUCAAAGGUCUACCUAUACUACCAUAUAACGGUGCUAGGGCCCGGAUUCUUAUCGAAAUCGACAACGCGAAAGUCUGUGUGCCAAUUGAAGUUAAGGAGAGUAGCACCUCCAACCUGAUUGCUGCUAGAUGCCGGCUGGGAUGGACCGUUUAUGGUCGAGACACAUCUGAACACGCAGUGAUGCCCCGCGUGCUCCACAUCUGCAGCUGUGAUCCUACGGGCAGGGACCGAAUGGACGAACAGAUGAAGGCGUAUUUUGCUAUCGACGCUAUCGGUGUCUAUGCGCCAGCUAAACCGCUUCGGUCAAAGGAUGAUGAACGUGCUUUACAAUUGAUGGAAAAAUUCACCAAGUUUUUGCCAACAGAGAAGAGGUGGGAAACAAGAUUGCUAUGGAAACAAGACGUCGUCGAUUUACCCGAUUCACUUCCUAUGGCGCGCCGUCGACUAAUGUGCUUGGAAGCCAAGAUGAAGCGGGAUCCUGAACUCCACCGUUUUAUCGUCGACAAAAUUGACGAUUACAAGAAAAAGGGUUACAUACGCAAAUUGGAGUCACUUGAAACAUCGAUAGGUGGCAGAUCGUGGUACCUUCCCAUAUUCACGGUGCUCAACGUUAAAAAAAACAAAACCAGAUUGGUAUGGGACGCUGCAGCCAAAGCUGGAAAUACUGCACUUAACAACAUGCUGUUAAAAGGACCUGAUCAGCUAAACUCGAUGAUGGGUAUUCUUCUUCGAUUCCGCGAAAGGCCCUUUGCAAUAUGCGGAGAUUUACGCGAGAUGUUUCACCAAAUUAAGGUAGCCAAAGAGGACCAAGUGGCGCAGAAGUUUUUAUGGCGCGACGGUGAGUCUAAUCGGCAGCCAGAUGUAUAUGCCAUGUGUGUGUUGACUUUCGGCGCUUCGUGUUCUCCUUCGCUAGCGAACUACGUAAAAAACCAAAAUGCACAACGUUUUUCCGAAAAUUAUCCCGAAGCUGUACAAGCCAUUAUAAAUAACACUUUCGUCGAUGAUUGGCUUCAGAGUGCAGACAAUGAGGAAGAGUUAUCGCGUUUGGCUACUGUUGUUCGCUGA